UGAUUUUGUUUCUCGCCCUUUAUUUUGCCCGCGGCGCAACGUCGAACCUACUGGGAUAAAAGAGAAUACGAUGAUAAUAAGAUGAUGGAUCCUGGAAUGAACCGCUUCGGCUUUGCGCCUGUGUCGCUGAGGGAGGAGAUGGAGACCCUCCCACUUGCUGACGGGCCCAUCGCCGCCGUCCCUGCCGACGAAAACGGCGCUGGCGACCCACUCCUCCAUCCCCUCCAACCUAACUCACCUUUCUCCUUUUCCUCCCCUCCCCCGACAUCCUCUUUUCCCGACCCCCCUGCUUAUCUUGAGGGAGUCUCCCUGGAAGCCACAGACCCUAUCAAAGGUGCCAUAUCUCCUUCCCAUCGUCGGAAGUCCCGUGAAGACUCCGAUUACCUCAACAUCACCGUUUCCGAUCCCCAAAAGGAAUCGGAGUCGACCGUUUCCCUCGUACCUGGCGCGGGCACCUUCGUGUCCUAUCUCAUCACCACCCGCACUUGCGCCGCGGAUAUCUCGGGCUCCCCCCUGGAGUUCUCCGUCCGUCGCCGCUUUCGAGAUGUUGUCACCCUUGCCGACCGCAUCGGCGAGUCGUACCGUGGCUUCGUCAUUCCACCACGCCCCGACAAGAGCGUUGUUGAGAGUCAGGUGAUGCAAAAGCAUGAAUUCGUCGAACAGCGCCGCUCCGCUUUGGAGAAGUAUCUUUCCAAGCUCGCUGAACAUCCUGUCAUCGGGAAGAGCGAUGAGUUGAGAGUUUUUCUCGAAGCGAAUGGUAAGUUCCCGCUUCCAGCAACGGCAGACAUGGCUUCCAGGGUUCUGGAUGGUGCUGUGAGGCUGCCAAAGCAGUUGUUCAGUUCCGGAGAAGCGGGGAGUGGAUACGUAGCAGCCCCGCAGGAUGUGGUGCAGCCGGCAAAAGGAGGAAGGGAUUUGUUAAGGAUGUUUAAGGAGUUGAAGCAGUCGGUGUCUAAUGAUUGGGGAGGAGCGAAGCCAUCCCUGGUGGAAGAGGACAAAACAUUUUUGGAGAGAAAGGAGAGGGUACUGGAGCUGGAGCAGCAGCUCUCUACUGCGUCUCAGCAGGCUGAAGCCCUUGUCAAAGCUCACCAGGAUAUAUCAGAAACAAUGGGUGAGUUGGGAUUGGCAUUUUUAAAACUUGGAAAGUUUGAAUCAGAGGAAGCUGUAUGUGAUUCUCAGAGAAUAAGGGCUGCUGAUUUUAAACAUUUAGCUACUGCUGCUGUAAGAGCAAGCAGAGCUUAUCGAGAAUCAAAUUCGCUGACAAUGAAACAUUUGGAGAAACUGCAUGAAUAUUAUGGACUGAUGUUAGCUGUACAUCAUGCAUUCUCUGAUCGCUCAAGUGCAUUGGUGACUUUACAAACACUUCUAUCUGACUUGUCUUCCUUGAGUUUGAGAGAAGAAAAACUUAAAGCAGCAUCUUCAAAGAUAUUUGGCAGCGAGAAGACUAGGACUCGUAAAUUGGACGAACUGAAAGAAACAAUUAUUAUUACAGAAGAUGCUAAAAGUAUUGCAUUUAGAGAAUACGAGCGAAUUAAGCAAAAUAACAACAGUGAGCUCGAUAGACUAGACAAAGAAAGGCGUGAAGAUUUCUUUGCCAUGAUCAAAGGCUAUAUAGUUAAUCAGGCUGGAUAUGCAGAGAAGAUUGCGGGGAUAUGGACACAAGUAGCAGGAGAAACAGAUAGAUAUGCUAAUGGAGCAGAUUAAGCUCGUUUCAGCUGUUAACUUGGAGAGGUUUUAUCCCUUCUCUCCAAUCUCCCAUGUACACUUGUAAGUUUGUAGCACCUAACAACGAAUCUGUAUCACUUGAAAUUCUAUGCCAGAUGUUUAUUUGUAUUGUUCUGAAUAAAAGUCACUCCAAGCUUUUAGUGAGAUGUUAUGGUUUCAUUCA